AAACACACACAGACUCACAACACUGGGUGUGGGGCUGGAGCACAGGCUGAUGCCAAGCCCCGCACGUCAGUUCCCUGUGCCACUCCUGGAAAAUAAUGAAUUGGGUAAGGAACGGUUAAUAAGAAAAUGUGCCUUGCUAACUAUGCACAGUACAACAAAGAGCUGGCAGCUCCUGAAGGAAAAGGGCUUGUGCCGCUGCCGUUCAAACUUGUCAGUCAACUCGUGCCAACAGCCUCAGCGUCUGCCUCCCAGCACACCCUCAUUACAUGUGUCUGUCUGGCCUGAUUCGUGCAUCUGCUCAGAGACGCUCCUGACAAGUCGGGAAUUUCUCCCUUUCUCCCGGAGCAAAGAGCGGAUUUUUUCCCUGCAUCUCUUCUGUCACCGGCAGCUUUUCUCCCCUAAAGAGGCACCUUGAUUUAUGAUAGCUUGGGACCUGCUUCGGUGUCUGCCUCUCCUUGACGUCUAGAAUGGAAGAAGCUGAGCUGGUGAAGGGAAGACUCCAGGCCAUCACAGAUAAAAGAAAAAUACAGGAAGAAAUCUCACAGAAGCGUCUGAAAAUAGAGGAAGAAAAAUUAAAACACCAGCAUUUGAAGAAAAAAGCCUUAAGGGAGAAAUGGCUCCUGGAUGGAAUCAGCAGUGGAAAAGAACAGGAAGAGAUGAAGAGGCAAAAUCAACAAGACCAGCACCAGAUCCAGGUUCUAGAACAAAGUAUCCUCAGGCUUGAGAAAGAGAUCCAAGAUCUUGAAAAGGCUGAACUGCAAAUCUCAAUCAAUGAAGAAGCAAUUUUAAAGAAACUAAAAUCAAUCGAGAGAACCACAGAAGACAUAAUAAGGUCUGUGAAGGUGGAAAAGGAAGAAAGUCUGGGAGAGUCAAUUGAGGACAUCUAUGCUAAUAUCCCUGACCUCCCAGAAUCCUACAUACCUUCCAGAUUAAGAAAGGACAGAAAUGAAGGAAGAGAAGAGGAUGAACAGAGUAGAAAAGCUUUGUAUGCCAUGGAAAUUAAAGUUGAAAAGGAUUUGAAAACUGGAGAGAGUACAGUUCUGUCUUCAAUACCCCUCCCAUCAGACGACUUUAAAGGUACAGGGAUAAAAGUGUAUGACGACGGGCAGAAGUCUGUCUACGCAGUCAGCUCCAAUCACAACACAGCGCAUAAUGGCACCGAUGGCCUUGCACCCCUUGAAGUAGAGGAACUUCUAAGACAAGCCUCAGAGAGAAAUUCUAAAUCACCCACAGAGUACCAUGAGCCUGUUUAUGCCAAUCCAUUUUGCAGGCCUACAACCCCCCAGAGAGAAAAGGUAAGCCCUGGACCAAACUUUCAAGAAAGGAUAAAGAUGAAAGCUAAUGGACUGGACAGCCAUGCAGAUGAAUCCAGGCACAAUAUGGACAAUGGGCUUUCAGAGGAGAGAGACCACGGCCCCACUCACACCAGCCCCAUUCGGCCAGCCCCUCAUCCUCGAUCAAUGGUUCAGCCAGCUGAAGAGAUAGUCCACACCCCACAACAAAGGCUGGCGACUCCUUGGGAAGAAUCGAGCAUCUUGCAGAACAAACAAGAGGCCUCUCCAAGGGCUGGGUUGAGCCCCAGCAGAGCGACCGGAGAGUCAGGACCUCAGAGGUCUUCACCCAUUUGCCAGGAGGAGGAAGAUGUCAGAUACAAUAUCGUUCACUCUUUGCCCUCUGACGUGGAUGGUACAGAACCUGUAACCAUGAUUUUCAUGGGAUAUCAGCAAGCAGAUGAAAAUGAAGAAGAAAAGAAGCUUUUGACAGGGUACGACGGGGUCAUCCAUGCUGAGCUGGUUGUGAUUGAUGAUGAAGGGGAGGAGGAGGAUCGACAAGCUGAGAAGCCAUCCUACCAUCCCGUGGCUCCCUGUAGUCAGGUUUACCAGCCAGCCAAACCGACCCCGCUUCCUAGAAAGAGAUCCGAAGUUAGUCCUCAUGAAAACACAAACCAUAAACCUCCCCACAAAAAUUCCAUAUCUCGUAAAGAACAGGAGGAAAGCUUAGGCAGCCCUGCCCGCCAUUCUCCCUUGGGUGUUCCAAUGGCUGGAGAUGGGACUGAGGAUCCAUCUUUAACAGAUUGUUGAUGGAUGAUGUCUGGAGAUGCUGUUGAUUUUUGUGUACUGACUUUGUAUCCUGCUCACUUGCUGGAUGGAUACCUAUGACCGCUGUUCAGUGGAUCUCUUAAGAUUGUGUAUACAGAAGAUUGUGAGGUCCAUAAGAAAUGGUAGUUUUACUUCUCGCUUUUCUUGCCUGUGUUUUGGCUUCAUCCUGCACUGCAUUGUUGAUACAAAGUGGAGGGACAGACCCUCUUAUCUACAUUAUAGGGGAGAGAUGUUCAGUCAUUCACCACCAAUUAUAAAAUUACUGGAACUUUGUAUUGAUUCUUUUCAUUGGGCUUCAUGUAUGCAUUCAGGAGUCAAUCAGAGAUGCAAGCAAGCAAGAAGUAGAGGCCUCCCCCCAGCAUUUUUCUGCAGGAUCUUCCCACCCCACCCCUGGGAGUUUACAGCUGCCUGAGCCAUGGGCCCUCUAGGUUUCUGUCCCAGAAAACCUGCAAGUUUUUCUGCUGGGUCCCCGACCCCCCAGCAGCACACUGACUGCCACUGUCUUGUAGUAAAAGAGCUAGAAGACAACACUGGCUGGGAGCCACUCUCCUCUGAGUGCAGACUCCUCACCAGACCGCUCCUACUCUAGAAACUUCCAGUAGCUAAAUUUAAAAGUUUACAGCAGUUUCAUUGGGGGCAGGGGCUAGCCCGGCAGGGUCUUAUCAGACAUUACUGGCAGAGGACAUUCAGAUAUUAAGCAUGCAUAGUUUCAGGAAACUCUUUCUGAUCGCCAUUAUCAGUGUCUGAAAAUCUAAAAAGUUAUUUUGGUUCUCACAAAUAACCAGAGCACAGUAUAAUCUCCUUUAUAUGUGAAUCAGCUGUCAAAUAAAAAAAAUAAGUUUCUUAGUGCAUUCUGUUAGAUCUUCCUCACCCCAAAAUCAGAGUUUUAAGACCAAGCAUCAUAUACAACUGCAUUAACUUCUUUAGCAAAGUAAGAAAUUAAACUGAUACCAAG